GAACUUUAUAUAAGUGGCAUUGUGAAAAAAAAGUGAACAAACUCACUGAAAAGAAUCGUUAAAACAGAUGUGGUUGUGUUGUAUUGCAUGACUAUGUCAAUUUUGAUUCAUGAUGAAAAAGUAAGCAGCAUAUCUCUAUAAUACCAAUCAAGAAAAAACGUAGAAACCAAUUGAUGCUUACUUUCUUCGAUGUUGCCUUACCUUGCACUCGACUUCCUCCACACCUUAUACUAGUCGGAUCUAUCAUGGACAUUCAUCUGGGUGAGUAUAGUAGUCUUCAAUGGAUAUCCUAAUCUCUCCCCAAGAAAAUCCCCAUGCGUGUGGUACAAAUAAAUAAACAAUCUACCGCGCUGGUAGUCCCUGCCAAACUUUUCUUUUCAAUUCUAUUUGGGAACUUUCUUGUGAGCACUCACGGAAUAUUUUGGGGCCCCCGUUAGUGAGCCCUGUUCCAGACUUUGAAUAUUUCGUUCAAACCCCACACCAAUAUCCAUCUGCCAACCCAAUCAUCCUACAUUUCUAGAUGGUAGAAAGAUAGCGCUAAUGCGUCUGCCGCGAAUAACCUCGCAGUGUCAAUCAUGGCAUGACCUUUGGAUGGAAAAUUUUAGAAGCCUCGAUGCGCCGCUUAUCAACGCAAGGAAAAAAUGAACCAUGAGUCAAAAAUAAUCUAAAUUCUAAGAUAUACUGUCAAAUGCAUAUGAAAUUGGCUUUGCUAGGGAACGUAGCUCAAACAAUAAGUUCACGUAUUACAGUAUUGAUUAUAUUUUGGUUUAUGGUUUGUCUCGAUAAAUUCUCGGAAUAUCCGGAGGACGAAAUUAUUAACGAUACCAAUUGUGGGGCUUCGACGGAAGCUGAGACGACUAGUUAUUUUUUUAAACGAUAUGUGAAAAAACUAAUGUUUUUUUUAUAAUGAAUUUAGAGCAGUAAAAAUGUGAAUUAUUGUCAUUCUUGAUGAACAGACCCUCCCAGAUCCGUGAAAGUGUUUUGAGGCUCCGCUGGAGGUCAUUUCCAACGUGAUGAAAUUGAUCCAACUGCAUGGAGUUGGGCCUAUCGUUGACAAGGUCUGUGGGAGGAUGUACAUGGAAUUUUCCUAGCUAUUCAAUGCCUAUUCAAAUGCGUGCGGAAUAUGUUUUCCCAAACACACCAUUGAAUAUAACUGACAUAUAUGAUGCAUUGUGUUUUACAUUCUCUCGCACUGACCAAAACAAUAGCAUGACCCUUCAGUCUAGUUGGAAACGCGAAAAUUAGGCUUUGAAAGGUAGUUCACACUUCACUUUAUAUAGCGUCCUAAAGUUUAGAAAUAAAAAAAGGCGAAUCAAAUCCGUCAAUAACCAUAAAGGGGGGGGAAAAUAUCCAUAACAGAGGCAAACUUGACAUAACAACAUGAAAACAAGGGCCACUAACCUAAGUCCAAAUGCCAAACCCUGGGCACCCCAUAGCGGUGUAACAGCCCACACAAACAGUGGGGGUCACAACCACCACAGCAACAACAACAGUAACCACCACCACAGUAACAAUCACAGCCACAACAAUAGUAGUCGCUCGCACUACACACAACACAGAAGUGGUGGAUUCCCCCAUCCCCACAGCGGGGGAAGUGGAAACGCCAACCAGCCGCGCAACGCCUCGACAAACCCCCCGAACCCACCUUUUUGGUCCCCAUCCCAGACAUCAACCGGGCAAAAGCAGCCCCAACCCCAAUCUCAACAUGCACGGCCGAAGUUCAGCCCGACAGCAGCGAAACUUUUUGUCGGGCAAUUGCCAUUUGAGUGUACGGAGGAGCGAAUGGAGAAUCUUUUCCGUGCGUACGGGACGGUGGAACAUAUUCACAUCCUCCGCGAUAACAGUAAUCGCAGCCGUGGGGCCGCCUUCGUAACCUAUUCGACCGUUCAAGAGGCUGAUACCGCCAUUUUUACCCUGCAUAAUAGAUACCGCAUGCUCACCAACCGCGCUAUCCAAGUGAGCUACGCAAAAAACAGCCCGAAUAUCUCCCGUUUCGGUGCGUGCAGCGCGCUGGAGGUUCAUGAGUCAUUCCCGACCAACCCCGUCCCGGACGUCGCUGCGGCGGUUCGCGCGCAAGCCAAUGACUUUUAAAGGGUUCAUCUAUGGGGUGAAAAAACUCUUGUAUGGAUCCAUGCGUGUAUUAUAUACAUAGUCUUAUUCGACCAUCGGUGUUUGUACAUUCUUGAGACUAUUUGCUUACAUCCUUGUUAUGAGAAAAAAACACUUUCAAGGUCGAGUUUGAAGUGCGUGGAAACUCGAUGGUGGUGGUAGUGGUGUAAUUAAAGGUAAAUGAUUGUUUGCUGUUUAUUAUUUUCGAUUUCAAUCGUUUACCUUACAUGUCGCCUAGCAUUACAAAACUCUUUUAACUGAGGUCAAAUUACAGAACAGGAGAGGAAUAUUUAUGCAAGGCUGGAAAUAAAUAUAAUACUAACCAAUUUUAGACAGUUUUUUGCUGAAUUUACUUGCUGUAAAUGGUUCUUUGCAUUACUGUACUUGUGCUUGUUUUUAUAGUAUGUUUGCUCUAAUUUCACGAUAGUAGUGGUCCAAUGGCCUACAUACAUUAGAAAGAUGUGUUGAUUCAAAAAAAAUGGGGAAGUUUGAAUAAUUUCAUCUAGAGAAAUUUUUAUUGACAUUAACACAUACAACUCCAUUGAGUGAUAUGGGGGCAAUUUCUGCAUUAAUAUAAUUUUUAUGCGUAAGCCUUAUUAACCUUUGAUCCUGGAGCAGUCAUUACUGCAUCAAAUUCUAAGGAUCGUAUGCAUUCUGAUUACGCAUUUUCAUUCCUUUUUAUAGUUGUCUUAAAAAAAAUGUAGUUUAAGUAUUUCAUUAGUGAAUUCUCCCUCCUCCUCCCUAAAGGAAAAAGGGACACGUCAUAUGAAUUGACAGAAAAUGUGGAACAUUACUUUUUGAUUUUUUGACCUCUCCUGGUUCGACAUGGCUGUGGGGGGGAAUUAAUUCAAGUAAUAAUGGAGAUCUUGAACUCUCAGCUGUCGCUCAUUAGUAUACUUAGGUUUCCGGCACCCAACCGCUAUUGUGCUCCUUCACCACAUGCUUUGUACUUGUGGGAAUCACUUGCGCACGAUGGAUACUUCACUUGCCCUGCUGUCUUAAAUACUUCUUAUUGACAUCAUAGUCAGAUAAAGAUGUACAAAUCAUUUAAAGCGUUUAACAUCGAA